UGCAUCAGACUGUCCAAACGAUCGUCUUUUCCCUGUUCCCAACCGGAGGGAUAUGAGUGUCCCUGGGCCGCCGUCCCCGGAUGGGGUCCUCACAAGGCCACCCAAUAGUCUGGAGGCCGGGGAGCCGACACCGGGUUUAAGUGACACUUCUCCAGAUGAAGGGUUAAUAGAGGACUUGACUGUAGAAGACAAAGCUGUGGAGCAACUGGCAGAAGGAUUGCUUUCUCAUUAUUUGCCAGAUCUGCAGAGAUCAAAACAAGCCCUCCAGGAACUCACACAGAACCAAGUUAUAUUAUUAGAUACAUUGGAACAAGAGAUUUCAAAAUUUAAAGAAUGUCAUUCUAUGUUGGAUAUUAAUGCUUUGUUCACUGAGGCUAAACACUAUCAUGCCAAAUUGGUGAAUAUAAGAAAAGAGAUGCUGAUGCUUCAUGAAAAGACAUCAAAAUUAAAAAAAAGAGCCCUUAAACUGCAGCAGAAGAGGCAAAAAGAAGAGUUGGAAAGGGAGCAGCAACGAGAGAAGGAAUUUGAAAGAGAAAAGCAGUUAACUGCCAGACCAGCUAAAAGGACAUGAAAAGUUGUGUUUGUGUGUUUUCUUUCCCUAGCCCAUAUCUGGAUUAAGAUGACCUAAGUGUAGACUGAAGUUGAGGUAGUGCCUUAUACCAUGAUUGCUGUGUCUCCAUGUCUUCAUUUCAGCCAUUCAAAAGCCUUUCUUUCUAAGUAACUUACAUAAUGUUACUUGGUUUUGAUAUUUUUAUGUAAUUUUUUCAACUUUUGUUUAAUUUUAAAAUUCAUUAUUUUGGCCUUGAAUCAUUUUAUAAACCGGAAAAUGGUUUGUUAUGAGUCUAGAUUCUAGUGGUUAAAAAUUAGUAUAAUUUUUUUAGCUUCUUAAUGAAUGUAGAUUUCAAAGUUUCCAUUUGUUAUUUUAUGAAAUGACUACUUGCCUUUCUGGCAGUACAAUGCUGAUUUUUGGUAAUUGCCUUCUUAUCGCUUAGUAAAGAAGAAAUGACAACUAUUUAAUCAUCGAAGCCCCUGUAAGCCUUUGUGAAGAACAUAAUGGAAAAAUGCAUGCACAGGAUAUGAUGGCACUUUAGACAUAAUGUAGGUAAGCAAGAUGCCAGAUAGAUUCUACUAACCAUGCACUCUCUCUGCUUCUUAGUGGUGGUGUUGCUACUUCUGUAGCUCUUGGAUUCAAAGUAGAUUAUAUCUGUUCCUAAAGUUUGAUGGAGGUGAUGGAGCUAUCACAUGCUCAAAUGAGCUUAUAUAUUUAUAAUACUUAGUCAUCACACACUGAGAUACGGUUUCUGUGCUU